ACGCCAUCUGGAUUCUCCAUCACUCGCGCUCUCAGAUACCAUCUCUUUAAACCGAAGGAAGCUCCUCGGCCCCAAAAGGCGAUCCCACGGUCUCUCCCCUCUCAAUCCCACGCCAUCUGGAUUCUCUAUUACUCAGUUAGGGUUUUUAUAGCUCAGGAUCAUCAUCAUCAUCAUCAUCAUCAUCAUCAGAUCCCCAAUUUAGGCGGCGGAGAUGCCCAGCAGCGGAUUCUCUGGCCUCGUCAGCUCGCGCAAGGUCGACGUCACCAUCGACCUGGGGAACCCCUUCCUCAACAAGACAGUCGAUGGAUUCCUCAAGAUCGGAACGGUUGCUGCUUCUAGUGUUGCUGUUGAGGAGACCUACCACUGCCUCAAAAAAGGUAGCAUUUCGAAAGCUAAAGUCGAGGAUGCUUUAAAGAAGAUGUGCAAGGAAGGCGCCCAUUGGGGAGCUGUCGCUGGAGUGUAUGUGGGAAUGGAGCAUGGGAUGGAAAGGAUACGCGGCACCCGAGACUGGAAAAAUGCAAUGGUGGGAGGUGCAGUAACGGGUGCGCUUAUAUCUGCUGCCAGCAAUAGGAACAAAGAUCAGAUAAUUGUGGAUGCCAUCAGAGGGGGAGCUGUGGCUACUGCUGCCGAGUUUCUCAAUUACCUCACUUGAGAGAUCGAUGAAAUUAGCCUAUAAUCUUAACUGUAAUUUGUGAGACAUUCUACCUGUAAGGCUUUGUAUGUAUUCUCAUUGUCGCCCAAAGUCCCAAACCUCAAGUCAUAUCCCAGUUCAUAAAGUUCUGGUUCUCCUAUUGUUCACAUGCUAAACUUGCUUUAGUCGUGAUUAAUUAUAUAUCGGAUGCCGCUUACUAUG